UUCUUCUUAAAUAUUCCUGCUCUGUUCUUUCUAUCUCAUUAUCUUCUGACAGUUAUUAUUCACUUCUAUCUCCUUCUUUCUGAUUUUCCACAUGUUUUUGGCUUGAACCUCUGAGCUAUAGACCACUAUAUUUGUCUGAUCAUUCUAAUACACUCUUGUUUGAUCAUAUACAGCCUUUAUUUAUGAGAUAUAAGAACUCAAUUGUCUGAUCAUUCUAAUACACUCUUGUUUGAUCUAAUACACUCUAGUUAUAUUACUCAUCAUUAUAAUUAUAUCGUUUUUCUUCUUUUUGCUUGUUACAGGGAAUAAUUAUCACAAGUAAAAAGCUUACUUCUACAUAUAUCAAGCAUAUACAAAUAUGGCUUCCUCUUCUUCUCCCACAACUCCAUAUUUGAAGCACGAUGUGUUUCUCAGUUUUAGAGGCACAGACACCCGCAAUGGUUUCACCAGUCAUCUUUAUGAUGCUUUGCAGCGAAACCACAUUGAUGCUUACAUCGAUAAUAAACUUGAUGGAGGAGAAAAGAUCGAGCCUGCCCUCUUGGAAAGGAUUGAAGAGUCGUUUAUUUCGCUAGUCAUUUUCUCUGAAAAUUAUGCAGAUUCUACUUUCUGUUUGAGGGAACUCUCCAAGAUUCUUGAGUGCAUGGAGACCAAACAACAGAUGGUCUUACCAGUAUUUUACCGACUUGAUCCAAGCCAUGUUCAAAAUCUGACUGGGAGCUAUGGAGAUGCACUUUGCAAGCAUGAAAGAGAUUGCAGUUCUGAAGAAGUAGAGAGUUGGAGACAUGCUUUGAAAGAAAUAGCUAAUCUCAAGGGCUGGGAUUCAGACGUCAUUAAGGAUGAGACCAAGCUAAUUCAGGAAAUCGUUUCCGACAUUCAAAAGAAAUUGAACCAUGAGCUGUCACCCUCAUUUGAUUCAAAACACCUUGUUGGAAUGGCAUCACGCGUUGAAGACAUCGAAUCAUUACUAUCCUUUGGAUCAACCGGUGUUCUCAUUGUGGGAAUCUGGGGGAUGGGUGGUAUAGGUAAGUCCACAACGGCUGAAACUGUGUAUCAUCGAAACCGUAGCAAAUUUGAACGCCAUUGCUUUUUCCAAAAUGUCAGGGAAGAAUCACAGAAGCAUGGAGUAGAUCAUGUACGGCAGGAAAUUCUUGGCAUGGUAUUAGGGAAGAAUGAUCUCAAAAUACACGGAAAAGUGCUACCCUCAGCCAUUAAGCGAACGCUUCAAAGAAAAAAAGUCCUCAUAGUUCUUGAUGAUGUCAAUGAUCCACAAGAUUUAAAAUAUUUAGUAGGAGAGGAUGGUUUGUUUGGCCAAGGAAGUAGAAUCAUUGUGACAAGUAGAGAUAGGCGAGUUCUUGAAAAUGCAUGUGAUGAAGACAAAAUUUACGAGGUUAAAAUUUUAGAUGAAGACGAAGCACUUCGACUCUUCAGCUUACAUGCUUUUAAACAAGAUCGUCCCAUAGAAGGAUAUACUGGGCUUUCAAAAACUGUGGUAAGCUGUGUUAAGGGCAUUCCAUUAGUUCUCGAGGUUUUAGGUGGCAAUCUAUACAAUAAAAGGAGUGUUGAAUACUGGGAAAGUAAGGUGGCACAGCUAAGAACAAAUGGUGGCGAGGACAUUAAGAAACAUUUGGAAAUGUGCUAUCAUGAAUUAGAUCAGACAGAAAAGAAAAUAUUUCUUGAUAUAGCAUGUUUCUUUGGACGGUGCAAGAAGGAUUUUCUCCAACAAACACUAGAUCUUGAAGAAAGAAGUGGGAUAGAUCGUCUCGCCGAUAUGUGUCUCAUAAAAAUUGUUCAAGACAAGAUCAAGAUGCAUGAUGUGCUCCUAAAACUAGGGAAAAAAAUUGUCCUCCAAGAAAACGUUGACCCUAGAGAACGUAGCAGGUUGUGGGAGGCUGAUGAUCUCUAUCGUGUAUUAACAACUCAGGGGACUGGAUCAAAUGUGGAAAGCAUAUCCCUCAUCUUGGAUGCAACUAAAGAAUUGACAUUAAGUCCUACAGCAUUUGAAGGGAUGUAUAAUUUAAGAUUGCUCAAAAUCUACUACCCACCUUUCUUAAAGGAUCCCUCAAAGGAGCAAAUUAUGAAUCGAAAGAGGGUCGGAAUCCACCUUCCACGAGGGCUUCACUUUCUUUCAAGUGAGCUAAGGUUUCUCUACUGGUAUAAUUACCCUUUGAUCUCCUUUCCAUCAAUUUUUUUCCCUGAGAAACUUGUUCAACUUGAAAUGCCUUGUAGCCAGCUUGAACAACUUUGGAAUGAAGGCCAGCCACUUGAGCAGUUGAAAUGUCUUGCUAAGCUUGAUCUUAGUGGUUGCUCAAGACUAACAAGUCUACCGAACAACAUUGACGCGUUAAAAUCUCUAAAAUCGCUUAAUCUUAGUGAUUGCUCAAGACUAGCAAGUUUACCAAAUAACAUUAGUGUGUUGAAAUCUCUUGACCAGCUUGAUCUUAGUGGUUGCUCAAGACUAGCAAGUCUACCAGACAGUAUUGGCGCGUUGAAAUCUCUUAAAUCGCUUAAUCUUAGUGGUUUCUCAAGACUAACAAGUCUACCAAAUAGCAUUGGCAUGUUGAAAUCUCUUGACCAACUUAAUCUUAGUGGUUGCUCAAGACUAGCAAGUCUACCAGACAGUAUUGGCGCGUUGAAAGAUCUUAAAUCGCUUAAUCUUAGUGGUUUCUCAAGACUAGCAAGUCUACCAAAUAGCAUUGGCAUGUUGAAAUCUCUUGACCAGCUUGAUCUUAGUGAUUGUUCAAGACUAGCAAGUCUACUAGAGAGCAUUGACGCAUUCAAAUUUCUUAAAUCGCUUAAUCUUAGUGGUUGCUUAGUACUAGCAACUCUACCCAACAACAUUGGCGCAUUGAAAUCUCUUAAAUUGCUUAAACUUCAUGGUUGCUCAGGACUAGCAAGUUUACCAAACAACAUUGGCGAGUUAAAAUCUCUUACAUCGCUUAAUCUUAGUGGUUGCUCAGGACUAGCAAGUCUACCUGACAACAUUGGUGUGUUGAAAUGUCUUGCUAAGCUUCACCUUACUGGUUGCUCAGGACUAGCAAGUCUACCAGACAACAUUGACAGGUUGAAAUGUCUUGAUACGCUUCAUCUUAGUGGUUGCUCAAGACUAGCAAGUCUACCCAACAACAUUGGCGCAUUGAAAUUUCUUUACCAGCUUGAUCUUAGUGGUUGCUCAAGACUAGCAAGUCUACCCGACAAUAUUGGAGGGUUGAAAUGCCUUGCUAAGCUUCACCUUACUGGUUGCUCAGGAUUAGCAAGUCUACCAGACAGCAUUGACAAGUUGAAAUGUCUUGAUACACUUCAUCUUAGUGGUUGCUCAGGACUAGCAAGUCUACCAAACAACAUUGAUAGGUUGAAUUAUCUUAUUGUGCUUAAUCUUUGUGGUUUCUCAAGACUAGCAAGUCUACCAAACAGCAUUAGCGAGUUGAAAUCUCUUAAAUUGCUUCAUCUUAGUAGUUGCUCAAGACUAGCAAGUCCACCAGAUAGAAUUGACGAGUUGAAAUAUCUUAAAUCGCUUAAUCUUAAUGGUUGCUCAGGACUAGCAAGUCUACCAGACAGAAUUGGCGAGUUGAAAUCUCUUGAAUGGCUUAAUCUUCAUGAUUGCUCAGGACUAGCAAGUCUACCAGACAAAAUUGUCGAGUUGAAAUCUCUUAAAUCCCUUAAUCUUAAUGGUUGCUCAGGACUAGAAAGUCUACCAGACAGCAUUGGCGGGUUGAGAUGUCUUACUAUGCUUAAUCUUAGUGGUUGCUUAAAACUAGCAAGUCUACCCGACAGCAUUGGCGCGUUGAAAUGGCUUUAUGCGCUUCACCUUAUUGGUUGCUCAGGACUAAAAAGUCUACCAGACAGCAUUGGCGAGUUGAAACGUCUUACUACGCUCGAUCUCAGUGGUUGCUUAAAACUAGCAAGUCUUCCAAACAACAUCAUUGAUCUUGAAUUUAAAGGACUUGACAAACAGCAUUGUUAUAUGUUGAGUGGAUUCCAGAAAGUAGAAGAAAUUGCAUCAUCCACCUAUAAAUUGGGCUGCCAUGAAUUUUUAAAUUUGGGAAAUUCUCGUGUGUUAAAAACUCCAGAGAGAUUAGGCUCUUUGGUGUCGCUAACACAAUUAAGAUUAUCUCAGAUUGAUUUUGAGAGGAUACCUGCAAGUAUCAAGCAACUUACUAAGCUAAGUAAACUCUAUUUAGAUGAUUGCAAGCGGCUUCAAUGUUUACCAGAGCUUCCAUCAACUCUACAAGUUUUAAUCGCAUCAGGUUGCAUCUCUCUAAAAUCUGUAGCAAGUAUAUUCAUGCAAGGUGAUAGAGAAUAUAAAGCUGUUUCUCAGGAAUUCAAUUUCUCUGAAUGCCUCCAACUGGAUCAGAAUUCACACACUAGAAUUAUGGGUGCUGCCCAUUUACGAAUUCGACGCAUGGCAACAUCAUUGUUUUAUCAGGAAUAUCAUGGUAAACCAUUAAAAGAAGUCUGGUUGUGUAUUCCUGGGUCGGAAGUCCCGGAGUGGUUCAGUUAUAAAAAUAGAGAAGGAUCGUCAGUAAAAAUCCAGCAACCAGCUCAUUGGCAUCGUCGCUUCACUUUAUGCGCUGUUGUUUCAUUUGGCCAAAGCGGGGAAAGGCGUCCUGUUAAUAUUAAAUGUGAAUGCCAUUUGAUAACCAAAGAUGGAACCCAGAUUGAUCUCAGUUCCUACUACUACGAAAUAUAUGAAAAAAAGGUGAGGAGUUUAUGGGAAAGGGAGCAUGUGUUCAUUUGGAGUGUCCACUCUAAGUGCUUUUUCAAGGAGGCCUCAUUUCAAUUCAAAUCACCGUGGGGAGCUACUGAUGUGGUGGUUGGGUGUGGAGUCCAUCCACUGUUUGUCAACGAGCCUGAGCAACCAUACCCUAAAAUUGAUGGAAAAUGCUUGACAAACUCUUCAUCAUCUUGUAUUUGAAAGGGCAACUUAAUGCUAUGGAUGCAUGGUUUCGCUCGUUGACACUGCGCUAGAAGGCAUCGGGAACGGAAGUGCCAAAAGCUCGGCUUCUGCAGGAAAGUCACGGCCCACAGGUGGCAAUAUUGAAGAGAUCAUGAGAGACGAUCAUAAAAUAUUGAAUAGCUAGCCAGCAAAAGGAGACCCAAAGAGCAAGUCUAAUGGACAUCACAGAGGUGAAUGUUCUUGGCUGCAAGCAAUCAGUUUGUUUGUUCAUCCUUAGUCAACUGGAUGGUCAUCAUCCGGUCUCAUCCUGAUCCACCCCAUUUCAAGUUUAAUACCAUAAUUUAUGUUUUCACCGUACGAAUUUAAAAGGGUAAAAUUUAUUUGUGCAGUAUACAUUGUUCAUUGCUUGACAUGCAACGAAAGCUUGUAAAAUAUUAAUGAAUAUUUGAUUAAAAAAAAACAAAAAUAAGAGUGAUAAUUUAGAGACAAA